AUUUUGUAGGUUUUUUUUAAUGGCAUCGGAAAAAAAAUAUCAGGAUGUCAACAUUUUUGAUGACUUGUUUGUAUCCGAUAGUUCGGAUGAACUUUAUUCUUCUUAUUCUGAGUUGUCGUCUUCUGAAAAUGAAGAAAUACCUGAUAUCCAACCUAUUAACAGCAAUGCAGGGCCAAGUACCGAAAUUGAACCCAUCAGCAAUGCAGGAUCAAGCUCCGAAAUAGAAACGAGAAAGAGGAAAAGAAGUUCUAUAACGUGGUGGUCUAGAAAUGUGCGUCAAGAAGCCAGAGCUCAGAGCCUUGAGGAAGUUGAGAAGAAGACUGAAAGACUUCAGCAGGAUAGAAGGCCAAGUAAGCGCAAUUUCACGUUGCUUUAUUUUUUAUAUAAUGAGAUGGCUAGGAAGAAAGGAGAGUCUACGAGGGAUCGUAUGUGUCCUAAUGAUAAACGAGGAAGACAUGGUCAUCGAACAAAAGUUAGCAUCGACGCAAUUGCUAUUACAAAAAAGGAUAUUGGAAGUUUUCCAUCUUACAUUAGCCAUUAUUCGAGGUCGCAUACAGACAAGAAAUACUUGUCCCAAGAUUUAAAUAUUGCUAAAAUGUACAGGUUAUACAAAGAAGAAGGCAUAUCCAGGAAAAUACAACCACAGUUAGAGUCAUUUUAUAGAAACAUAUUUGUAGACAGCUUUAAUCUGUCAUUUCAUCAUCCAUCUAAUGAUACAUGUGUCAAGUGUGACAAAUAAAUAUUGCAGAUCAAUAAUACUUCUGAUUUACAAGUAAGAAAAGUUUACGAAGACAAUUACAGCCAACAUUUAAGUAUGGCCGAGGAAGCAUACAAGAAGAAGAAAAAAGAUAAAGCAGCAAGUUGCGACAAUGACACUAUUGUAUUUUUGUCAUUUGAUUUAAAAAAAUGCCAACCUACUCCUUUACUACAAAAUAAUAUUUCUUUUUAUAAAAGAUCCUUGUGGACUUACAACCUAACUAUUUACAGUUGUGUACAUAAAAAGAAACACGCUAUAUGUUAUAUUUAGGAUAAAUCGUUGGGUGGUAGAGAUGGACAAGAAAUUGCAUUUUGCUUGCGCCAUUUUAUUCUUUCGUUACCAAAUAACAUUACUGAAAUUCAUAUGUUUAGCGACUGUUGUCCAGGGCAAACUACAAAUAUAUAUUUUGCGAUGAUGUUAUGUCUUCUAAUAGAAGAUUUUGCCAAAACUGAAAGAAAAAUUAUAAUAAUUCAUAAAUAUCUUGAACCCGGACAUACACACUUAGAAGCAGAUACUAUACACGCUGCAUUUGAAAAGGUAAAGAACAAAACUACAGCGAAAAGUGAAUUACCCAGAGACUGAGCAAAUUUAAUUAGAAUGGUCCCGAGAAAUCUUCCCAUAGAAGUAGUAGAAUUAGAACAAAAAGAUUUGCUAAAUUUUGAAGAAAUUUUAAAAGGUAACUACGUCCAUCGCAAGAUUAACACUAACAAGGAAGCAGUGAAUUGGUUGCAAAUAAGAUGGAUGCAGUACAAAACUGAAUAUCCCGCAAAAGUUUUGUACAAUAAUUCGUUCGACUACAUCAUUUGGGGUAGGAGGUUCAUUAGCAAAAGAAAGCAUUUUACAGCCAUUACAUUGUAGUCAAAUCCCGCUUCCGAAAAAAAUUAACAGAUCUCAAAGCCCUAAUGCCGCAUGUAUCAGAAACGAGCGAAUAUUUCUACAAUGGUCUUAUUGUUGAGCCAGGGUUGUCUAAUGAAUAAUAUUUGCCAGACGAACGUAUAUAUGAAGAUGAUUAGUAUACUUUAAGAUUGUUAUGUUAUUUUCUGCAAUAAAAUUAAAUAUUUUCAAUGUAUUACCUAUGUCAAAAAUUUUAUCAGAAAACUUAUUUCAAGAAGUGUCCAUCUCGUGUUUUUUUUUUGAUGACAAAGAUUACAAAAUUGCUU